AUGAGUACCACUCUCUCAAAAGCAUUUAGAAAUGACAAUAUAAGCUCACACCUUACACCUCUUGACUUUGAUUCAGUUGACGGGGUUCCGGAAUCCCAUCUAUGGCCUCAAUCCGACGAACCCCAUCAAAAGAUUCAAACCCAAGACGGAUUGAUCCCAGUUAUAGAUCUAAAUGAUCCGAAUGCAACGGAUCUUAUUGGUCAAGCGUGCGAAACUUGGGGCAUCUUUCAAGUGACUAACCAUGGAGUACCCUUAGAGUUGAUCAAAAAGAUUGAGUUUGAGGCAAGGAGGCUAUUUACUCUCCCAACUCAUGAGAAGUACAAGGUCUUAAGAUCUCCUAGCAAUGGGUCUGUUGGCUACGGUUCGUCUAAGAUGGCAUCGUUCUACGGUAAGGGUUUGUGGCAUGAAGGUUUCACCAUCAAAGGUUCUUGUGUUGAUCUUGCUAAAGUUCUUUGGCCACAUGACUACCAAGGCUUUUGUGACACCGUAGAUGCUUAUCAAGACCAAAUGAAGCCACUGACUCACAAACUCAUGCAUCUAAUCCUUCAAACAAUGGAUAUAACACAAGAAGAAAUCAUUUGGGCUACUUCAAGUCAUCACUACUCUCAAACUGCGGUUCAUUUUAACUCGUACCCGAUAUGCCCCGACCCUAGCCAUGCCGUUGGUCUUGCACCACACACGGACUCCCAGUUUCUAAACAUUCUGCACCAAAGUGACAUAAACGGCCUUGAGAUCUGUGUCGAAGGGUUAGGGUGGACUCCGGUGCAACCUAUUGAGGGUGCAUUUGUGGUGAAUGUAGGUGACCUCUUGCAUAUAUUUUCUAAUGCCAAGUUUCCGGUUUUUCAUCAUCGAGCCAUGGUGAACAACUCAAAACAUCGGAUAUCAAUAGCAUAUUUUUAUGGACCUUCUCUUGAGUCUACGGUAGCUCCUUCAUCUAAGUUUCAGAAGCCUUGUUAUAAAUCGUUACCCGUGAAAGAGUACUUACGCAUGAAGGCUAAGCAUUUUCCUAAUGCCUUGUCCUUUAUCCGGAUUUGAAUUAAGUUCUUUGGUUGGUUUGUAUGUAUACAUUUGUUUGUCAUUUUAGAAAUUCUCUUUAUGAAUAAUUCAAAACUUAUAUGAUAACGGUUUGUAAUUUGAUUCUGAAGUAA